CACCACACCCCUCUCUGCCCUAAAAACGCACGAGAUCGAGGCUAAUGCCCGGUGAGGGAGAAGGGGAGGCGAGCGAUCGGGCGCUUGGAUGGCAAGGGAGAGUAGAGGAUGAAUGGCGGAGGAUCAAGGAGCACGCCGAGACGUACCCGUACGUGUGGGGUUCGUACAUCCUAGUCUACGGCAGCCUCAGCGCCUACCUCGCCUACCGAUGGCGGAAGCUACGGCGGACGGAGGACCGCGUCCGAACCCUCCGAGAACGCCUCCGAACGCUCGUCGAGGCUGAGGGUUCGGCGGCGGCUGCAGGCACCGCCGGAUCGGCCGCCCCUUCGAUGCCGAACAAGUCGCGUGGGCCUUCUUAAGGAUUUUGUGUCCUCGAAAUCGGGUUUUAGCUGCUUAGCAUUUUGGGCCGAAGAAUCCUCAGUUCUGCUACAUCACGCAGUAAAAGGGAUCAAAAUUGCAACUUCUGUAAUUUUCUCUUGUCAUCGCAACAACUUUUUUACUACUGCAUCUCUUAUAUUGAACUAAAGGAGGCUCUUAUUUGAUGAACUUCCGUGAACAGGCUUUGUAACGCUGUGGUUAGACGGUUCUGUUGGGGAACGUAUAGUGUGAGACCGUAAUGUGCCCUUCCUAUCAGUCUAAUCCAUAUUUUUAUUAGUGAUUUUU